AUGGCGUCGGAUCCUCUUGUUAAGAUUAUAUACGAACAUGAAGGAGUUUUUAUACAUCCAAGCAGUGAUGAUGAUGAUGGUUUGGAGCAAGACUUGCUCGUUUCAGGUUCACUUCGGAUUCUUGACAAGGAUGGUGAAAUCAUUGUGGAAUACCGACCUUUGGAAGAUACCGUCGACCCAUCAAACAUGCUGUGUGCCGGCAAGGACUCCAGUUCUGUCGUGGAAUGGGCUCAGUGUCCAGGUGAAAGGUCUCAUCAGCUGCUAGAGACACAGCAGAGCUAUGAGACUGAGUGGGAUAUGAUCAACGCUGUGUCCUUCAGAAAGAGGCCAUGUUCAAAUGGAGAGGGUUCUCUAAACCACAGUCAUGAGAAGAGCAGGUGGGCCUUUACCUUCAGCGUCAGUGACCUCAGAUCCAUCACACUGAAGGAAGAAGGUUGGUGCUUUCUGGUUUUUAAACUGAAAGAACCUUCAGCAUCUCUGCCAGCACUUCACUUCCAUCAAGGAGGCAGUAGAGAGUUCCUGGACAGCAUGAGGAGAUACGCUCUACUCAGCGAGGCUUCAGAUGAUGCAACCUGUUUCUUGGUCAGCACCCCAAACAAGGCCCUGUCACAGUCCUUUGAAAACCUCCUGGACGACAACAACUACAGCCUUGUUAACAAAUUGAAAAAGGAUCCAUAUGUUACAACUCUCGGAGGCUUCUCAAAAGUCACCAACUACCUUUUCGAUGCGUUACGAGGAACAGAAGAACAGCAGCGGCGCCCUCCAGAGGAGGUGGCUGACCUGCUGGGUGAAGUCAUUCCAGGAUUGGAGAUCAACCAGCAGGAGGAGCCCGGCUUUGAGGUCAUCACCAGGAUCGACUUGGGAACGAGGCCACAGGUCACACGGAGGGAGCCGCUGUCUGCGGAGGACUGGACCCAACAUCAGGAUCCAGAAGGAAGGAUGAUCAAUGUCUCACACCUUAAACAAGUCAUCUUCAAAGGGGGACUUUGUCACGCAGUGAGGAAAGAGGCGUGGAAGUUUCUGCUGGGGUACUUUCCAUGGGACAGCACAUUAGAGGAGAGGAAAGCGCUACAGAGAACCAAAACUGAUGAAUACUUCAGGAUGAAACUGCAGUGGAAGUCAGUCAGCGAGGAACAGGAGAGAAGAAACUCCAGGCUCAGAGACUAUAAAAGUCUGAUAGAGAAAGAUGUUAACCGAACAGACAGAACAAACCGAUUCUAUGAAGGCAUCGAUAACCCCGGUCUGGUGCUCCUUCAUGACAUCCUCAUGACAUACUGCAUGUUCGACUUCGACCUGGGUUAUGUCCAGGGGAUGAGUGACCUGCUCUCACCAAUUCUAUACGUGAUGGAGAACGAGGUGGAUGCUUUCUGGUGUUUUGUCUCAUAUAUGGACCAAAUGCACCAGAACUUUGAGGAGCAGAUGCAGGGCAUGAAGACGCAGCUGGUUCAGCUCAGUACCCUGCUGAGGCUUCUGGAUUUGGCCUUCUGGAACUACCUCGAGUCUCAGGAUUCAGGUUACCUGUACUUCUGUUUCCGCUGGUUGUUGAUCCGAUUUAAGAGAGAACUCAGCUUCCAGGACGUUCUCCGGCUUUGGGAGGUGAUGUGGACAGAUUUGCCGUGUCAGAACUUCCACCUGCUCGUCUGCUGUGCCAUCCUCGACUCCGAGAAACAGAAAAUCAUGGAGGAGAACUACGGCUUUAAUGAAAUCCUCAAGCACAUUAAUGAACUUUCCAUGAAACUGGACAUUGAAGAAAUUCUUCAUAAAGCAGAAGGCAUCUGUCUGCAGAUAAAGAGCUGCAAGGACUUGCCUCAUUCUGUCAGCACCAUCUUGGGCUUCAACACAGAAGCUUCUGGUUCCGACCUGACGGAUUCUGAAUCAUCUCCUGCUCACAUAGUGUCACACCGGCAGGACGCCUGCUCUAACGGCCACAGACACUUGACAGAAACCUCUCACAACGGCUGCAAAGUUGCCUUCAUAUCGUAGUGAACAGCAGGUCGACCAGAGACUGAUGCGUUGACUGCGUUGUCAGCGGGAAACACGGCAGCGUAUCGCUGCCUCGUCCACAAGAAGAGAGAAGACGGAAUGUACAAAGGAUUUCAGAUUAUUCAGAAUCUUAUUUUUGUAAUUUCUUGUACCAUAUUGUCUCUUUCAUCGAGUAGUCAUUCCUUCUCUCUUGCUAAUGUUUUCUAAGACGGGCAACAAGCAUCGUGUUGUAACCAGUAAUGUGUUUUAUCUCCUUUCACUCUGAUACUGGAUGCUGCGAAAACUCCAAAAUGUUGUCCCACAUCAUAUUUUUAAAAAAUUAUUAUUUUUUUUUUGCCUUGUAUGGUCUUGGUAUUUUUGUCCUGCUUUAAUUUUGAUAAGGUAAACGACACUUUCUGAAGCUGGUCGCCUGGUGUUUCACAAAGAUCAAACUAUAGCCUUUUACAAUAUAAGCUCCACUCAGUAUUAACCAGCUAAUAUCGAAUGGGUCGUUCAUGUGCAAUGGAAGAAAUGAUGUUCAUGUGCCCAGUGGAGACAAAUUAAGCCCUGAUGUAUAACAGAAAUGUUGAUUUGUGUUUUUAUAUUGUGAUAAGUAUAAAUUCAACCAGGGCAUAUUAUUUACUCUGAAGGAUACUUUUUUGGGGAAUGAAUAUUUUGGGUUAUUUUUUUUGCCUUUGUUUUUUUGUUUCUUGAGCAAAAAUCCCAAUUUUUUUUUUUUUUUCAUAAUGCUGCUUUUGGUUGUUAGUUGUUGAAUUUGUCUAUACAUAUUGGGGUUUUGGAAUUGGAAUUAAAAAGGGCCAUUUAUUCACCACCUUUGAAACGCUGAGUAAAACAUUCACCUUGUUAAUUCUCUUUUACAGAAGCCAAGAACAGCUGUGCUUGCAGUUUUAUUUUCUUAAUGCCUUUAUCUCAAAUAAGUUUAUUUUGUUGUGAUUUGAUGUUUUUCCUUUUUUUUCUGUUUCAUAAGAAAACUCUACAUUUUAACCUAACAUUAAAGCUGAUACUAAGCUCUUAUUUCUUUAUCUCUGUGGUGUUGAAAAGGCAAAAACACCAAAGACAAAUAAAUACAAUAGGUAAACAUGAAGUAAUACAAUAUAUAAAGAAAUGUUUCGAUUUUAUUUUGUUAUCUUGGGUUAACAAAGCUCUUUUUUUUGAUGGAGUAAUUCAUGUCUUUUUCUUGAGAUAAUGAAGGAAAAUAUG